UCGAAAAACGACAUUAGAUUAGACAACAAAAGGUCACCUAUUAUGACGUGAUUACACAACGAAGCUUGGCUUUUAUAUCAAAUUCAUCAUGAAAAAAGCGGAUAUGAUGACUUCGCUUACAGUGACACGUCGUUUAUGAUGAUCCAUUUUCACUAAAUUUCAUACGUUUAUAAAGACUGAUAUAAUUCUUUACACUUUCGUGUGAUUCCCGUUGAUUUCCGACGACGUUCGGCACGCGGCUCGUUUUUGUUUUGCAUCUCAGUGAGUACAUAAUUUACAGUUGAACGUCACGCUUCCAUUUUAGUUAUAACCUAUGUAAAAAAAAUGUCAUCUCAACGUCGUAGAGCAUCCACGAUUGAGGAGAAAGGUGCAAUAAUAGCCAGAUUGAAAAAUGGAGGAUUGAACCAAUCUCACGCAAAGGAAUUUGGCGUGAGUCAUUUGACAAUCUCAGUGAUUCUCAGAAACAAGGAUGGGAUUAAGCAAUCGUUCAAUUCAAACGUUUUGAAACCAAAGCAGCUUCGAAAAUCGCGACUAGAAAAUGUUGAUGAAGCGUUAAUUCGGUGGUUUAAAAUCACGAGAAACAAAGAAAUACCUAUCAGCGGCCCUAUGCUACGGAAAAAGGCGCAUGCUUCCGCCGCGCGUUUUGGUAUUCCCGAAUUCAAUUGUUUCGCAAGCUGGAUCAGUCGUUUUGAGGGUCGACAUAACAUUGUGGCGGGAAAAAUUGUCGGUGAAUCUUCGUCUGUUGAUCAAAAUUCAACAACGAACUGGUUGACGUCUGUAUGGCCGAAUCUACGAAGACAAUUCUCUGAUGAUGAAAUAGUUAAUGCUGAUGAAACUGGACUGUUUUACAAAUCAAUACCGAACAAAACUCUGAAAUUUAGAGGUGAGAAUUGUAGUAGAGGCAAGAUGUCGAAAAAUACAAUAAGUGUCACGGUAGCAGCCAAUAUGAGCAGCACAAAAAAAAAAAAAUUGCUUGUUGGAAAGUUAGAAAAACCAAGACGUUCUAAAAGUAUCAAAUCGUUGCCUGUCGAUUAUGCUAACAAUCAUAGAGCUUGGAUGACGUCAGAAAUUUUCGAAAAAUAGCUGCGA